AUGUCCACCAACGCCAAUCAUCUCAGUAAAACCGACUCCAGAGCAUCCAGCACAGGUACUCGCUCCUCCAUCCUCAGUCGUGCUUCUGGCUUCAUGAUGGGUUCACGACGCAACCAGGCGGCUUCCGAAAGCCACGCUGCCACCUCUUCCACCUCUUCCACCACUGUCCACGCUCCGACCUCCUUCACCGCUCCUGCCAAUCAAACCAAUCCAGCAAGCGCCGAUAGCAACCGUGUUCGCAAGUUCGAGAACAUCUUCACUGCUCCCGACCCGAGCGUCAAGUUGAUUCCACCGGCUCCUCUCUCGGACGCACAACAGGCCAAGUACGACGAGAUGCUCGAGUACUUCAAGUCUCUGGACGAGUACCCCACCACUCUGAAAGCCAACUCGCCCAAGAAGCCCCUCACCGAAUGGGAGAAGCUUCGCAACCUCUCGCGUGAAUCCAUGCUCCGCUACCUCCGUGCCACCAGAUGGGAUGUAGCAUCAGCCAAGAAGCGUCUCACCGAGACUAUCGCCUGGAGGCGAGAGUACGGCGUCGACAGUCUCAAAGCCCAAGACCUCGAACCUGAAGCCAUGACGGGCAAAGAAACCAUCCUUGGCUACGACAAUCGUGGCCGUCCACUGCACUACAUGCACCCAUCUCGCAACACCACCCAAGAGACACCACGACAGAUGCAGUUUGCAGUCUGGAUCCUUGAACGCGCCAUCGACCUCAUGCCUCCCGGUGUAGAGAUGCUUGCCCUCCUCAUCAACUUUGCUGGCAAGAAACGCAAUCCGACCUCGAUCAGCAAUGCCAAGCUCAUGCUCUACAUUUUGCAAAACCACUAUGUCGAACGCUUGGGUAUCGCUCUCUGCAUCAACGUUCCUUGGAUCUUCAAGGCUUUCUGGAACGCCAUCUACCCUUUCAUUGACCCUGUUACCAAGGGCAAGUGCAAGUUCGACCAAGCCAUCAAAGAUCAAGUUCCUGCUUCACAACUUGCUACUGACUUUGGUGGAUUGCUCGACUUCCCCUACCAUCAUGAUAAGUACUGGCCUCAGUUGGUAGAGUUGACUAACAAGCGCCGUGAGGAGCAGCUUGAACGUUUCCGUACGUUGUGCAACUCGCAAAUCGGCGCUUCGGAAUGGGUCAUCCGUGGUGGAGAUAUCCGCUCUACAGCACCACACAAGCAAGAUUCUGGCUUCCAUCAAGUCUCUGCCCUCUCUUCUGCCGGCACUGCCAAAGAAGUCACUGAUGCCAACGCAGCUGGCAACCAUCUCGAACGCGAAGGAUCAUCCCGCACCGACUCCACCGCCGUUGAGCAAGCCACACCCAUCUACGCAUCCGCCGACGCAGAAGCCGAUGAUGAUCUCGACCGUUUCUACACCUCUCAAACCGAGUUGCCUCCCACACUCGAAACAAAACAAGGUGCCACUUCUGAUUGGCAACACUCGACAGUCGUCAACGAGGACUCGACUUGUUCGACCAAGUCUUCCAACAAGUCUUCCAACAAGCAUGCGCACAAGCACGGUGAUGCUAGCCUGUUCGCAGCUGUUGUUGGCGGCAUCUCGGCUGGCUUGACGGGUGGUAAAGCUGCAACUGGGGCUGCCCAACAGACGCAGAAGACAGCAGAGAACGAGUCCAAGUGGCACGAUAAGCACAACCAUAUCAACCACAACAAGGCCAUCGCCCAUAGGAAGUCGGAGAGUGAGACGAGUCCUGCUCCUCCUAUUUCUGCUGUCUGA